UUGAUUUAUCACUGUAUCAAGCGUAUUGUCCAAUUUCAGUAUCAUGCGGAAACAAUCGCAAAUGUUCGGGAAGCAUGCGAAUUAUUCAAUGAAGUUCGUCAGAUUGGUAUUGCUCUCGAUACCAAAGGACCUGAAAUCCGUACCGGUCUUUUAGCAGGAGGAGCUAGCGCUGAGAUUGAACUGGUAAAAGGUGGCUCAAUCCGUCUCACAACUGACAACAAAUUCAAAGAAUCGGGAACAGCAGUCAAUCUCUUUGUGGACUACAAAAACAUACCCAAAGUAGUCAAUGUAGGAUCGCAUGUUUACGUCGAUGACGGUCUCAUCUCUCUCAUUGUUGACGAAAUUCAUGAUGAUGCUAUUAUUUGUACUGUCGAAAAUGGUGGCAUGCUUGGCAGUUGUAAAGGUGUCAAUCUACCCGGAACUAUCGUUGAUCUCCCCGCCAUCUCUGAUAAGGAUAUUCAGGAUUUGAAAUUUGGCGUUGAACAAGGUGUGGAUAUGAUUUUUGCCUCAUUUAUCCGAAAUGCUGAUGGAAUCCGUACUAUCAGAAAG